GGUGUGGUGGACUGACUACUGACCUACCGGACCGGUGGGCAGUAAAACUAGAGUGACCACUCUCACUUAGUGACCCAGCUGUGGCCGGAGGAGUCGUGCAAUAGUGACAGCAGGACGAGUGGCCGCCUCUGGGGACGGGACAAGCAUCGAGGAUCAAGGCACGAUCGCAACAGCAGAGUUAGCAGAGGAAACGACAGCAGUGAGUGACGUACCGCUCUCUGUAGUGUUGAGUCUUCCUCAAAGAAUUUUUUCGAUCGCUUCUUGCGGUGACCGUGAGUUCGCUAGUCGCGUUGGCCAAGUGUGUGUAACGACGAAACUCGUGGCCUUCGCUACUCGGAAGCCCCUGUGAGGGUUGAAGGACUCUCCACCUUUACGUGCGACUGGCUCUAUUUCAUGGGAUCGUCCGAAGAUUUCUCUGUCUGUCAUGGCGAGCAUUCUCAGAAAGCUAGGCUGGGACCUGUCGCAGGAGGAGGAACAUCAGAUAGAUUUUGACCACUAUGACAUUGAAAGUUCCAUGCAGAGUGAUCACGACCUUCUAAGCAGCAUCUGUGAAACACUCGAGUUACCAAAGAUAGAAGAUCAUAACUUUGAAUCAUUUUCUCAUGAAAAUGACUUUGGAUGUGAUCUGUUUGACAGCCUGGCGUCCGUUGAUGUGGACAUCAAGACGGAGCCUCUGUCGCCACCCUCAUCUCUCAGCUCUAAUGGCCAUGAUUCGGACAGCUCUAGCUGUGAUUCCUGCCUACUGCAGCCUCAGACGAAGCGGCAAAGGGUGGACGUGAAGCAAGUUAGAGUCGGUGCAAACCCCCUCACAGGACCAAUCAACCCCUCCUCCAUUCUAAAUGGACCGGCCUGUACAGCAGUCACCAUUCCCACAAUCAAAACAGGCACCACGACAUGUGCAGUUCACAGACUGGAUCUACAAAAUGGUCAAAACAGUGCAAAUGCAUUACAUACAAAAUCUGUUCUGCCCAUCCAGCCGAAACAAGAAAUUUCCAGCCGUGUUUUACACAAAUCCACAGAAGCAUCAGCUAUAACGUCGCCGGGAGCGACGGGAAAUCCUCUGGUGCUGACUCCAGAAGAAUUCUCCAAGUUGACAGCAAGCGGAGUGCUAACACUGAAGCCGCAGCCGGUGGCUCCCUCACUGCAGACGAAUACUCAGAUGAUAGCCAUUCCAGUCGGGAGCGUGAAUGCCUCGCUGCCCUCUACUCUGUCCAUACAGCAUCAGACGUCAGUCACUGAAGGGGACCCCAAUGAUCGGGUACUCAAGAGACAUCAACGAAUGAUCAAGAACAGAGAAUCAGCAUGUCUAUCAAGAAAGAAAAAGAAAGAUUACAUGUCAAACAUCGAGGAGAACCUAAAGAAAUGUAAAGCUGAGAAUGCCCAGCUGAGAACAGUAAACCAACAACUAAAGCUGAGCGUGGACUCUCUCAAGACAGAAAAUCAGAUUCUGAGGAAAGCCGCCUCAUUUACAGUCACAAAGAAGUCGGCAACAUAUUUCCUCGUCGUUGUUUUUAUGUUUGCGGUCAACAUUGCACCUUAUGG